AGGUAAAGGGGAAAAUGUGUAUUUUCUAUUUCCUACAGACCUAAAUAAUCAUCAAUUAAGAGUCUAGAGAAAAACGCAGAUAAAACGAGUAAAAUGUAGAAACUGGAACAUUCAUCUCUAGAGACAGUUUUAGAAAUAUAGAACAAUUAUUUGCCAUACUUUCAUGGUAGACUUUUUUUAUGCAUUCUUGAGAUGUGUCUGCACUUAUAAGAAGUAAGUGUAGACGUCGUCUUAGAUUUUGUUCUCAUUUAAUUCCGCCAAUCUCAUCUAAACUAGUUUCCAUCCAACCUAAUGAAACCUGUUAUUGGAAAAUUAAUCUCUCGAGCUAAAUGACGAUUCGUCUCUAUGUCCAAUCCACAUACGGCUUGCGUAGAAAGGCGUAAGAAGAUAAACAAUUUUUUUUAAUGCAAGAAACGCGUUUCGUGAGGAAAAACACUGGAUGAUACACUUUUUUUAAUCUCGCUUUGGCUAUAUAAACUAAAUCCGCCAUCAGCCGAUCACAGUUUCGAAAUCCGCAAAGGGCGCAAUGUUCGCUAGGAACUUGGUGCUUUUGCUCGUACUAAGUGCGUCUCUGGCCGACGAUGCUACGAAAGGUGAUCGCGGUGACUUCAGGAAGUCGUUGUCGAGGGACUGCGACAAGUCCUACUCGCCGACAUGCCUCAAACUGGAUAUAGUGUCCUGGGUCGACAAGCUCAACGAAGAAGACAAUUACAGUGUGCUUCCCGGAGUGUCAGUGGUGCGCGAAGCGUCGGGGGCGCGGGCGAACACGGCCGACAUCGUCGCCGAGCUCGCCAGGGACUUCCCCAACGACCCGGACGCCCGGCUGGACGGCUUCCUCGUCAAGAAGGUGGCCGACUACCUCAACGGGCACUCGCUGCGAUUGAACCUGUGGAACAGGCGCGGCGAGGCGCAGGCUAGAGGAGGCGGAGGCGGCGGCGGCGGCGGCGGAGGCGGCGGCGGCAAGAAGGGCGGCGGCGGUCUGGAGUACGUGUUGGCGGCCGGCGCGAUGAUGAAGGGCACGCUGAUGGCGCUGGCGUUCGGGGGGCUGGCGGCGAUCGCGGGAAAAGCAUUGAUGACGGGGUUGAUUUCGCUGCUGCUUUCGGCGAUCAUCGGAUUGAAGAGUUUGACCCAUCAUGGGCACAAGUCAACAACGUACGAAGUCAUCUCCAAGCCCAUUUACACCCACGCGAAUACGCAUUCGGUGUCGCAUGAAGAGCAUGGAGGAGGAGGAGGACAUUAUGGACACUCCUCCUAUGGAAGGAGUUUCGAUAUGCCACUACCUCUGGGGCUGCAGGAAGACUACAAGCCACCACAAUAACAUGUACAAACUAUUUAUUGCCAUUUGUUAUUUAUUUGUCUUAUUUAUUUUUCUGUCUGUUUUCUCCAAUAAAUUAUGUGUCUGUUA